AUGAAACCAAGAGAUAAGGAAGGCUCAAAUGAAAAUUUAAGAGUUGUUAUUAGAGUUAGACCUCCUAUGGCAAGAGAAAUCAAAGAUGGCAAAUUUAUAUCCACUGUAACUCUAUCUCUUAACUAAUCCAAGGUCCAAGCAGCACCUGAUAAUCAAUAGUUAUGCAUCUUUGAUUAUCAUUCUAUCGAAUUAGUACCAGAUGAAGAUUUAGAAGCUUUUGUUUAAAAUCCAGCCAACUACACUAUCCAUCAGUUUACCUUUGAUUAUGUUUAUGAUUAAGAAAGCACUUAAGUGGAAGUCUAUGAGACUACUGCAGCUUUGUCUGUUGAUUCUACACUCUAAGUACAGUAUGGAAUUCCUAUCGAAGGGAUAUAAUUCCACCAUUAUGGCCUAUGGUCAGACCGGAACUGGUAAAACUUACACAAUGCAUGGAUUUUCAUUUACUCCCAAUUCUGAUUAAUUAGGAAUAAUACCUCGAUCCCUCCAUAGUAUUUUCACCCAUAUUUAAAUGAAAUCUAAUUCUAGUACUACAUUCAUGGUUAGAGCAUCAUAUUUAUAAAUUUAUAAUGAAUCUAUCAGUGAUCUCUUGAGACCUGAUCAUUAAUAAUUAAAUAUUAGAGAAGAUAAAAAAAGAGGAGUCUUUGUAGAAAAUUUAUCAGAAUGGGCUGUACGUUCACCACCUGAAAUCUAUUAAUUAAUGAGAAGAGGUAAUGCUAAAAGAGUUACUGCAAGUACAAGAAUGAAUGAUACUUCAUCUCGUAGUCAUGCAGUUUUCAUUAUUACAGUUGAAUAAAUUGAAGAAACACCAGAUGGUAAAAGAGCAAAAGUAGGAAAAUUAAACUUAGUCGAUUUAGCAGGUAGUGAAAGAGUAAGAGUUACUGGAGCAACAGGUAUUCGUUUAGAGGAAUCAAAAAAAAUUAAUCAAUCCCUUUCUGCUUUAGGAAAUGUUAUCGCUGCAUUAACAGAAUUGAAAUAACCAAAAUCACAUAUUCCAUAUAGAGAUUCUAAAAUAACAAGAUUAUUAGAAGAUUCACUAGGAGGAAAUUGUAAAACUACUUUUAUGGCAAUGAUAUCUCCAGCUAUUGAUGCAUUCAGUGAAUCUUUAUCAACUUUAAAAUUUGCAAACAGAGCUAAAAACAUAAAAAAUACACCUAUGGUUAAUUAAGAUUAAGAUCAAGGAGCAUUACUUAGAAAAUAUUAAUUAGAAAUAUAGAAAUUAAAGUAAGAAUUAGAUGAAAGAAGUAAAUUACCUCUUGAUAAUAUGGUUUCUGAAUUAGAAAGAGAAAGACAGAAAGCUUUAGAAGAUAAAUAAGAGGUUUAAAGUGCAUAUGAAUAAAGAAGCAAAGAUUUAGAUUAAGAGAGAUAAUUGAGAAAAUAAUUAGAAGAGAAGAUUUCUUCUUUAAAUUCAUAAAUGCUUGUUGGAGGAUAAAAAAUUGAAGAAACUCCUUAAUUUUAAAAUGCUUUAGAAAAACAAUAGAAAUUGAUAAGAGAAUAAUAUUAAGAGAAAUUGUAAGAAUUAGAAAAAGAGAGAUAAAAUAUUGAAGAAGAUAAAGCUUAGACAGACAAAUAUAAAUAAUUAUUAUUAAAGUAAAGAGAUAUUAUGAUUGCUUUGACAAAUAGACUUAAUGAAAGGGAUGAAACUAUUCUAUAAUUACAAGAAGAAUUAGAUGCUUAUGAAAAACUAUAAAAAGAAUUAGAAGAUAUAAUUUAAACAAAAUAAUCUAGAGUUGAAUAAUUAGAAGAUAUUAUUAAUAAAAAUAAUUUAGAAAUUCCUAAUAAUUUUAUUAUGAAUACUAAUCUUAACACAAUUAAUACAAAACAAUAAUUACUUUUAUCUGAAAUGCCAUCAUCUAAAAUGUUGUUAGUUGCUGAUCCUUCUUCAAAUAGUUAUAUUUAAACAUUACCAUAAUAAUCUACUAUUCAUCAUUAAUCAGAUGCAAUGUCAUAAUAUGAAUUAAAAAAUUUAAUUGAGAUCAAUACUAAAUUACAAUUAGACUUGAAAAUUAGUAAAAUUGAAUAAGAGAGAUAUAAAAAAGAAGUUACUUCUCUUUAAAAUCAGAUAUAAAAAUAUGAAAAUGAUAAUACAAUUGAUUAAGCAAAAAGUAUAAUUACUUUAUAUUUUAGAAUCUGUUGAUAUCAUAUUAGUCUUAUUAACAAAACCUGCUAAUGCAAAUUCUUUAUCUAUGGUUGCUUAAGAGUUAUAAAAACUAUAAAAUAUAUUAUCAGAAAAAGAGGGAUCACCUAAGAGAACUAUUUAAAAGAAUUAAUAAGAAUCACCUAAUUUAAAAAAUUAAGAAAUCAUUAGUAAAUUGAUUUCUAAGCCUUCUAAAUCAAAUAAUCUACUUAUUCCUUAGUAAAAGAAGAUGAAAUAAAAAUCAGAUGAUGAACUAUGGAGUUGA